AGUGAAGUUGAUAAAAAAAUGAACAGGGAUGCAGGAGGUGGUAGCGGCAUAUUCUCCGCUAUUGCGGGACAAAGCAAGGGAUAUUCAUCUCCUAGAGAGAAAAACCGCUAGACUGGUAGUUUAGUUGCUUCCCAAGACAAGGCACCUCCCUCCCCUUCAUUUCUAUUUCUCUGCUUUUGACCGCCCAAUGAAGAGCAAACCGGCUGACGAUCGACCGUGGAACAUUGCUGUUUUCUUCUCCUCUUUGCGACACCUUCAGAUUGAGAAGAAGGAAGAAAGAGGGGCAGGGAGUUGUUAGAUUGAGGUUGGUACAGGAGAGGAGCGUCUCUGGGCAGUCGAUAGACGAAGUGGUCGUGGUAACAUGGAAAGCAUUCUCCAGUCAUCCGGUUUUUCGUCUUCCUCGUCCGCAGUGAGAGCGCCAGCGAGGAGCUUGCAUUCUCCGCUGGGCAACUUGCCGCUCGUCUCGGCUUUUGUCGCUUUCGCUGUUGCACAGACGAUCAAGUUCUUGUAUUCUUGGACACGAGGGGGCAUUCUUUCUCGGGCUAUGAAAUUCUUCUCGGAGAUCUUUUUCUACUCGUGCAGGUACAGGGAAAGGCGUUUUGAUGCUAAGAAACUUAUUGCAUCUGGUGGCAUGCCAUCAGCACAUUCAGCUGCAGUUACUGCUCUUGCUGUUUCUGUUGGACUUCAAGAUGGAUUUGGCGGGUCAUUAUUUGCUGUUGCAGCAGUCAUGGCAUCCAUCGUCAUGCAUGAUGCAUUUGGUGUUAGGCUGCAUGCUGGUCGUCAGGCUGAGGUCCUAAAUCAAAUUGUUUAUGAACUGCCAGAAGAACAUCCUUUGUCUGAAAGUAGACCACUUCGUGAACUUAUUGGUCACACUCCACUGCAGGUUGUUGCUGGUGCUGUGCUUGGAAUUUUCACAGCUUUUGUGUCAUAUGCCAUAUCCAAGGCAACAAUGAGUAAUGCAUGAUGAUAUUCAGGAGGUAACUGCUGUACUAAGCAAUUUCUUCCACCACAGUGGCAAGGGAUCACAAGGAGAAUCUCUUAUGGCAAUUUGGUUUUAAACAACUGUGUAAAUUCAAUGUGUACUGUAUUCAUUGUCAUAGUAUUGUCCUUCAUAUUUGUUAGGGCCUGUCCCAUGGACAUAUGUUCAUUUAUUAGCAAGGAUAUUGCAUGUAAACUGGCAUGCAGAAACUGUAAUUCUUUCUAAAUUGUACAUGGUUAAUUGAUUAGUGAAACUAGGACAUUCAUGAAAUUGGUGCUC